GGUGAACAGGCGUAGAGAUGAGAGGGGGAGUUGAGAGAGAUGCUUGUGGCGCGUGUGCAGCAGUGGUAGUACAGGCGGCAGUCAGCAGCCCAUCCUCCGGUCCAUCCACCCAGGUCUCUCCCGUGCGUUUCGCCCUUUUCUUUCCCACUCACUCUACAUUUCACCCGUUUGUGCUUUGUCUAGCCCGUGGACAUGUCUGCCAGACCGGGGUUUUACCGACAGGAGCUGAAUAAAACCGUGUGGGAGGUACCGGAACGCUACCAGAACCUAACGCCGGUGGGCUCCGGGGCGUACGGCUCUGUGUGUUCUGCUUAUGACGUGGUACUGCGUCAGAAGGUCGCAGUGAAGAAGUUGUCCAGACCUUUCCAGUCACUGAUCCACAGCCGGAGGUCGUACAGAGAGCUGAGGUUACUCAAGCACAUGAAACAUGAGAAUGUAAUAGGACUGUUGGAUGUCUUCACACCUGCUGCUGCUCUCGAGGAUUUUAAUGAGCUCUACCUGGUGACAAACCUGAUGGGUGCCGACCUCAACAACAUUGUGAAAUUUCAGAGACUGUCUGAUGAACAUGUACAGUUUUUAAUCUAUCAGCUCCUCCGAGGGCUUAAGUACAUUCACUCAGCAGGAUUAAUACACAGAGACCUAAAGCCCAGUAAUGUCGCGGUCAAUGAGGACUGUGAACUCAGAAUCCUUGACUUUGGCCUGGCCCGACAGACAGAUGAUGAGAUGACAGGGUAUGUGGCCACUCGCUGGUAUCGAGCGCCAGAGAUCAUGCUCAACUGGAUGCACUACAACCAAAAUGUUGACAUAUGGUCAGUGGGAUGCAUCAUGGGAGAGCUUAUAAAAGGAAAGGUCCUGUUUCCUGGUUCUGACUAUAUUGACCAGUUAAAACGGAUCAUGGAGGUGGUAGGGACACCGACGCCAGAUCUACUGCAAAAAAUCUGCUCUGAACAUGCACAGAAAUACAUCCAGUCUCUGCCCUACAUGCCCCCACAAGACUUGGAGAAGAUCUUCAGAGGCGCAAACCCACUAGCCGUAGACCUCUUAAAGCGCAUGCUGGUUUUGGACUGUGAUGGGCGGAUCUCAGCGAGUGAAGCGCUGGCCCACCCUUACUUCUCCCAGUACCAUGAUCCAGAGGACGAGCCCGAAGCCCCGCCUUAUGACCAAACUCUAGAGAGCAAAGACCGCACCCUAGAGGAAUGGAAAGAGUUGGUUUUUGAAGAGGUAAACAGUUUUAAAACUCCAGUCUGCAGCGGUGAUACUCUUCAGGCGGAGCAAUAAGCCUCUAAGAGCUAUGGACUCAAAUGAGAGGAAGACUGGACCAUGAGUGUUAUUAUGAACCUAUGACCAAGGCCAAGAAUAUGCCCUGCUCAGUACCGCCUUCUACAGGUUCAUCUGAGCAAAAUACUGGGACAAUCUCCAAUGUAUCAGAAAGCUGGACUUCAGGGAUGUCUGUGAGUGGAAGGAUUCAUACAAGGAUGCAACUUAAACUGUUUACACAAAAAAAAAAAAAUGAAAAAUGCACACUAGGAUUUCCAAAGUGACAGUACAUGUGGAUCAUCAACUACAAUGGCUUUAGAAUAUAUGCACAGCCAGCCAUAGCAUUGUAAGUAUAUAGGUGGACUGAAUGGAAAGAGCUGGGAGCAGUUGUACCAAUCAAUGCGUUUACCACAAGAAAAUUAACCUGUUUUUAUGGGCUGUAUAUUUAGGUAUUUACGUUUAGGGCUGCACAAUGUUGGUCAAAAAAAAAAAAAAAAUCUAAUUGCAAAUUUGUGGCAAGUUUUGCAAUUGCGAUUAAAUUUUCCAUGUAUGCUUAAAAAGUAGGGUUCUGCUCUGAGUGCACAUACAUACUGAGUGCACAAACAACUCCAGGAGCAUUAACAGAAAACUAAAAUACGACAAACUAAUCUUAUACUACUAAACAGAUACAAGAAUCACAUGAAUUUCAGAGGAUGUUUGUUGAAACCAAGAUUUGUCUUUGUUCUUUGGAGAGGACAUUCUAUUAUCAAAAUAACUGAAGUCGAAGUUGAUUAUGAUAUUGUGCAGCCCUAUUUACAAUGUUAUGCCUGAGUGUAUAUCAUGGCUUGCUGCUAUACCACACCAUUAUCACUAAAACGGCUUAGCAAUUAGCUACCAUACUCUACUGCAUGAACCAAGCUCAUAUUAACAAAAUAUAUGACUGUACGUCUGUCUGUGUGUACUGUUGCAAUAUUCUCAUUUUCUCUUAACUAACUUCACCCACAUAGUAACUGCAAUCCAAAUGUUUGUUUGCAACUGUUUUGGCUGUAAUGUCACAAGAUUAAUCAGUCCUAACAACAAAGAUUCUAACACUAUCUGUAAUUACUUUUUAUCAAAUAUUAUUCAUCAAAAAUUAUUCAACUGCACAUUUUUGGAUCUCACUCAUGAAAAAUAAGUUGUCAUUUGGAAACAGCUUCUUUUUUUUCAAAAUAUGUGUUCUCGCUGUACAAAAUUAACUUAGCGUGAACACAAAGUUCAAUUACACCAGACAGCCAAGAAGUUAAAUAUUUGUUAUGAACUUAACUCUGGUUAUUAAAACAAAUGACUACCUAAUGGAAAUGUAAUGCACUGCAGGUUCCAUGCAAAGGAGCAGAGAGUUCUUUAUGCCACUCAACAUUUAAUAUUUGCAGAGAAAAACUAUGUCAAAUGUAUGCAAGUUUAGUCUUUUCAUAUCACUAAAUGUUUAAGUAAUGUAUUUCAUUUCGGAUACAAUUCUUAAGACCUAAUGGCUGAUUACAGUAUUAUCUCUGAAAACUUUAAUUUGAUAUUUUGUGGAGAUUUGUAGUCUAGAAACAUUCAUUUCAACAACACAGGAAAAUAACAAACCAUUUACAAAACAGCUACCUAUGACCUAAAUCUGUUAUUCUUUUUUUGUCAGUGGUACAGUCUGAAGAUUCUCUUGUAGCCUUUACUCACUUAUAGUUUGUCUCAUUUUGAGGUGUCAAAGCUUGAGAUUUAUUUUGAAUGUUCGGUGUAAAAUGGGCAAUGUAAAUGGUGAAUGUGAAUAGUACCUGCAAACUGAAUGUAUACUAUAACUGUAUGUAUGUACUGUGUGUAUUUGAGUACUUGGAUAUGCAUGUACUUCUGCUGUAGCCACGACUACCUGAGAUGAAUGCCCGCCUUCAUCCAUCUACAAGUCUUGGCCUGAGAGAAAUAAAUUCAAAUCUUUUUAAUACCA